AUGUUCAAGCAGCCGUCAACAAAUAAUCUUCAAGCAAACUUGGCAGGAGAGUAUUUCUAUACGGACUCUCGAGGUCUCUUCAGGACCUACCCAGUAGAGCGACCGAAGCUUAAUACGACACAGUCGGAAAAUGGAACUCCGAUGCUUCUCCGGCUGCCCGCUCUGCUCGGACUGUCUCUUUCACUCGUGCUAGUGGUGGUUGGUGUCUCUGUUCUUUACCAUUAUGCAGACAGCGCCGUCUUAUAUGGAAAGGCUUUUGUUUAUCAAAUCCAGCUUUCUGUAUUCAACAGUGGCAUGUCAUCCGUCGCGCCCUUCUCUAUGAUUCCAACUAUAAUUGCGGUUGGAAUCGGUCUUUGGUGGAGUGCAAUCGAUGACAACUUCCGUCGCCUUCAGCCUUUUCUGUCAAUGGCCCGAGGAAGCCCACCUUUUCAAAAGGGUGUCGACUUGUCCUAUCAGACUUGUUAUUGGUUUUGGGCCGCUGGCAAGGCGGCAUCUAACAAACACUGGCUUCUUUUGAUUGUUACAUUAGGAACGACGUUAUCCCCUGUCUACACGACUGCUAUGUCAGCGUUAUUCGAAAGGAGCAAUGGCAACAUUAUGCAGCCUAUCACACUUCAUCGCGAGCUUGAACUACGACAGAUACCUCUUGUUUAUGGAACACAGCAGGCAAUCUACCCCGGUGAUUCAAACGACUAUGCCAGUCCAAUUCUUGCUGGACUCUUCAACAACAUCUCUUCUUAUUUUAUGUAUACCGCUACCAUUCAGCUAACCUUGAAUGGCUCUGAGCCCGCAUGGAGUAAGGAUGGCUGGAGCUUCGUCCCAGUGGAUCUCAGCAAUGUCACAGCCACAAGAUCCCUAUCAAGUAUUGGGGCCAACAAGGCUGAUAGCUUGGGUGGGGGAUCCCAAACAAAUAUUACGUUUGAUACGCCUGCUAUUCGAGGCCGAAUCGAAUGCAGCCCCCACCCAACAAAGGCCUUCCUGAAUAUGACCAAUUGGCUCACACCAACGGAUCUCACCAACUACACAAUAUGGGACAAGAGCACAAUACCUGAGGGUGUUCAGGGAGGGUUCCAACUCGGUGCCUCUUGGGACACUCAAGGCUUCCCUAGCACUAUUUACCCUCUGUCACCCGGUCAGAAUUAUACCUCCUGCCCUGGAUGUACCCCUGUGUUUGCAAAUCCCUCUUCUAUUAUCUGCUGUGGUAAUGGCAGUACAGAUUCUAGACAGGGAAAUGUAGCAGUAGGAUAUUGGUCACCAAACGGUGUUCCAUCAACUUGGACGCCUCGCAACUGGAGCAGGAACUUCACUACUAAAUGGUUCUAUGGAAACGCGGUGACAGGCAUCGAGAAGACCAGUACCUCAUCCGCAGAAAGAGAUGUUGGACUUUUGUUCCUUCAGCCGCCCUCGAUGUCCAUGCUAAACUGCAAACCGAUUACCGAAACCGCCAAUGCAAGAGUCACUGUUAACCCAUCCAAUGGUGCAAUUCAAUCAUACGACAUCACAGAUCAACCUGAAAUUGACCCCAAAGACUUCUCUGACAAUUUUCUGCCACACAACAAGUCGAUUACUCACCUGCGAGAUGGGGUCAAAUGGUACAAUGUUACACUCAGUUACGGCCGAUUAUUCACGACAGCAAUCAUGACAGCAGCGGAUCUUAUGAAUAUCGCGGGUUCCACUCAUGUAACCGGAUACACUACAGAAGAUCUCGACGACAAUACCUAUACCAUUCGAGAUGAAAUGAAUGGCCUAAACAUGGACUUCAUGACAUACUCCAUGUAUUCAAUGGCCGGCAAAGACCCCAAAGCUCUUCUCGACCCGGAUACAUUUUUGCGACUGGCCCAAAAGACAUACACCACCUUUUUCCAACACUACGUCAGCAACAAUGUCUCUAUGCAAACCGGUGGUUGGGCAUAUCAAAAGAUCAACGCAAGUCUGCCUAGCGGAAUAGGUCCCGCUGUUCAAUUGGAGUAUAAUUACCUUCCCGGCACCAAGGCCACGGCUUAUCAAGAUGAGAUGUAUCCUAUCUCUUAUACAAAUCGCACCAUCGAAGCGUAUAUAUCCCAACGCGUGGAGCUUCUCCAGAUGAACGCUGUUGCGGUCUGGCUCAGUAUCGGUAUAAUGGCUUGGUUGAUCAUAACAACUAUUGUAGUAGCGAUGCUACAGAAGCGCUAUUUUAGCAGUCUCGUUCGGAAUGUGGAAAGCCUCGGUGACGUCUUGGUCCUGAUAGCCGGCAGCACAAACCUCCUCCAGGUUGUACGGGAAAUCCAAGCCGGUAGACUUUCACCGGAAAUUUAUGAGCACCUUCGAACUAAACUGGGCUGGUUCGUCGACGAGGAUGGCGGGGUACGAUGGGGAAUUGAGAUGGAGGAAAGUUAUGGAGAGGGAGCUGGGGUACAUUGGAUUUCUGCUCCCCAUUUCUCAAAGAAGGGCACUAAAACAUGGAAUCUUCGUGACGAGGAGAGAGAUUUAUAA